AUGGCUGCCACGCCCCCAUAUUUGUACUCGGCGCCCGUUGGCCCUAACAACUAUUUCUUCAGCGAUAUGCUGCGCUCGCUGGUGCAGACGCGCAACAAUGAGACCGCGCGUACAUCGGCCACGCCCACACUGACACCGACGCCCACAGCCACGCCGUACGGCUACAGCAAGCUGGAGACGAAGCCGCUAACAAAGGCCGCGCUGGGCGGCGCCGUGGACAGCGCGCUGGAGGAGAACGCAACGCCGGCAGCAUCGCUGCCGCCACAGGAUCUGGUGCUGCCGCCGCCGCCGCCCGUCUGGUAUCCGCCGCUCUAUGCGCCCUACGGUAUCGACCCGCUGCACUUCUUCAUCGAUCUGCGCGUCUCCGGCCACAUUUACGACCGCAAGAAGGAGAACCUGUCGCCGCUCUCGAACAGCAACAGCGGCGCUCUGCUGGCAGCCGAGGAUGUAGCCACAGCUGGCGGCGGCCUGGCCAGCAGCAACAGCAACAGCAACAGCAAUUUGCUGAGCAAGCAGCGCCACGGCUCCGCCUUCACUGUGCCCAUACCCAAGUCAGCGCAGAACGAUGCCAUCAACUUGUCCGCCAUUGGCGGCGGAGCAGGGGGUGGGGCAGGCGGCGGCAGCAGCAGCACCACCAGCUGCCCGGGCGUGGGUCCGCUGGGCAAAUUCGAGCACUACGCCAACUACAUGCUGCAGCAUCUGCCGCGGCUCUACAGCCAGUUUGCGGCCGCGGCUGCCGUGGGCGGCGACCUGGACACCAAGUCCGAAUCGGCCUCGGCCUGUGCCACGGACCUCUGCGACGACGAUUCCCUCGGCCGAGGCUCCAGCGACAUGGCCGGCGCCCUGCUGGAGACCAACAGCCAGCAGCACGAGCGAGACAUCGACGUCGAGAUCAUCGACUCCAUCAAGUACCGCACGGACGGCGAGAGCAGCCGCUGCUCCAGCAACGAUGAGGCGUCCGUCACCCAGAUCGACUAG